AUAAGACACUCCAGCAGUUCGUUGCAAAUGAAGACGGUCUACACAGCAAGGACUACAGCGCAUGAAUGGAUUUUUUUCACUGUAAGUGAAAGAAGCUAUAAACCAGCAUAAUGCGUGGCCGACAGCUAGAAAGAUUUGCUGCUUUGUGGACAUUGUUUUUCAUAAGGAUAGUUACUGGGCUUGCUGGAGAGGGAAGAACUGUGUGGAAAAAGGACCCUCACUUCAGCCCCGUGAGUGAAAGACAGAUGUUUUUGUAUGACACUUUCCCCAAAGAGUUUCUCUGGGGUGUAGGGACAGGGGCUUUCCAGGUGGAAGGCAGCUGGAGAAAGGAUGGGAAAGGCUCCUCCAUCUGGGACCACUUCAUCCACUCGGAGUUUAGAGAUGCUGACAGCACAGAUGCCUCCAGUGACAGUUACACCUUGUUGGACAAAGAUUUGUCUGCUCUGGAUUUUUUGGGAGUUACUUUUUACCAGUUUUCUAUUUCAUGGUCAAGGCUUUUUCCCACUGGAGUGGUGACAGUUCCCAAUGAAAAAGGACUCCAGUAUUAUAACACCCUUAUUGACUUGCUACUCUACAGAAACAUUGACCCUGUGGUUACUUUGUACCAUUGGGAUCUGCCCUUGAUGCUGCAAGAAAAAUAUGGGGGAUGGAAAAACGAAUCAGUAAUAGAUAUCUUCAAUGACUAUGCCACCUUUUGCUUCCAGACCUUUGGGGAUCGUGUUAAGUAUUGGAUUACAAUCCACAAUCCUUAUUUAGUUGCUUGGCAUGGGUAUGGCACAGGUAUUCAUGCUCCUGGAGAGAGAGGGGAAAUAACAACCGUCUACUCUGUAGGACACAAUUUGAUCAAGGCUCAUGCAAAAGUCUGGCAUAACUACAAAAACAACUUUCAACCAUAUCAGAAGGGGAUGAUGUCCAUAGUGUUGGGAUCCCACUGGAUCGAACCUAACAAAUCAGAAGAUGCGUUGGACAUUGCUAAAUGUCAGCAAUCUAUGGAGAGAGUACUUGGAUGGUUUGCCAGUCCCAUUCAUGGGGAAGGCGAUUAUCCAGAAGAACUGAAAAAUGAAUUCUCGUUUUUGCCACGCUUUACUGAGGAUGAGAAAAGCUACAUAAAGGGAACAGCUGACUUCUUUGCAUUUUCCUUUGGUCCUAACAACUUUAAACCUCCAAACACUCUACCAAAAAUGGGACAAAAUUUGUCACUCAAUUUGAGAGAAGUACUGAACUGGAUUAAACUGGAAUACAACAAUCCUCGAAUCUUGAUUGCAGAGAAUGGUUGGUUCACUGACAGCCAUGUGAAAACAGAUGACACCACAGCCAUCUUCAUGAUGAAAAACUUCAUUAAUAAAGUUUUACAAGCUAUUAAAUACGACAACGUAGAUGUGUUUGGUUACACAGCCUGGUCACUUCUUGACGGCUUUGAAUGGCAACACACUUACAACAUCAGGCGCGGAUUAUUUUAUGUAGAUUUCAAAAGCGAAAAAAAGGAAAGGAUUCCCAAGUCAUCUGCACUUUAUUACAAACAAAUCAUACAAGAAAACGGCUUCUCCCCAAAGGAGUCUACCCCAGGCUUGCAAGCCCAGUUCUCCUGUGACUUCUCCUGGGGUAUCACCGAGUCUGUUCUUAAGGCAGAAUCUGUGGCUUCAUCACCGCAGUUCUGUGAUUCCAGCCUGUACGUCUGGAACAUCACAGGAGAUGGGCUUCUGCACAAAGUUAAAGGGGUGAAGCUAAAAACCCGACCAUCACAGUGCACAGAUUUUGUCAGUAUUAAAAAGCAACUUGACCUCCUGGAGAAAAUGAAAGUCACCCAUUACAGAUUUGCACUUGACUGGUCACUAAUUUUACCCAAUGGAGAUCUGUCAGUGGUCAACAGGCAAGUUCUUAGGUACUACAGAUGCGUCAUUAGCGAAGCACUGAAACUCAAUGUUCAGUCCAUGGUCACCUUGUAUUAUCCAACUCAUGCAUACCUGGGCCUGCCAGGGCCUUUGCUGCAGACAGGAGGUUGGUUGAACCAGUCCACUGCCUAUGCUUUUCAAGACUACGCAGCUUUAUGUUUCAGGGAACUUGGUGAUUUGGUUAAACUUUGGAUUACAAUAAAUGAGCCUAACCGGCUAAGUGAUGUCUAUAAUAGGAGCAGCAAUGACACGUAUCAGGCAGCACACAAUUUAUUAAUAGCACAUGCCAUGGCCUGGAGAAUAUACGAUGAGCAGUACCGCUCCUUUCAGCACGGCAAAGUGUCCCUGUCCCUGCAUUCAGACUGGGCUGAGCCUGCCAACCCCUUUUUUGAAUCUCAUUCAAAAGCUGCCAACAGGUUUCUUCAGUUUGAAAUAGGCUGGUUUGCCGAUCCUAUAUUUAAGACUGGGGACUAUCCAGCUGCUAUGAGGGAAUACAUCAGCUUUAAAAACAGAAAAGGCCUCUCAUACUCUUCGUUGCCAUCUUUCACAAGUGAGGAAAAGCAGCUCAUCAAAGGUGCAGCUGACUUCUAUGCAUUGAAUCAUUUCACCACCAGAUUCGUGAUUCAUGAACCUCAGAAUGGGAGCCAGUAUGAAUUUGAUCGUGACAUCCAAUUUCUGCAAGAUAUCACCUGCCUGAGCUCCCCUUCCCGUUUGGCAGUGGUGCCUUGGGGAGUGCGUGAAGUUCUCAGGUGGAUUAAAAAAAACUACGGUGACAUCGAUAUUUACAUCACAGCAAAUGGAAUAGAUGACCAGUCCUUGGACAAUGACCAGCUUAGAAAUUAUUACUUGAAAAAAUACGUACAAGAGGUUUUAAAAGCAUACUACAUUGAUAAAGUCAAGAUUAAAGGCUACUAUGCGUUUAAGCUGACUGAAGAAAAGUCUAAGCCCAGAUUUGGAUUCUUCACUUCAGAUUCAAAAGGAAAGCCUUCGAUAAAAUAUUACAAUAACCUGAUAAGCAACAAUGGCUUCCCUGCUGACUAUUCAGUUUGUGAUCCUGCCAACCAAGAAAAGCAGUGUAGCUUCUGCUUGUUUAUUUCUCAGAAGAAGCCAUUAAUAUUCUUCACCUGCUGUCUGUUCUCUACCCUCAUCUUGCUUUUAACCGUUAUUGUUUUUCACAAAAGAAAAAGAAGAAAACGUUUUAAGGCAAAAAACAUCCAGUGCAUCUGUGUUUCAUUUUAAAACAGUGGCACAAGCCCACUUCCAGUGAGAUUCAUCGCUGGUUGCAUUCCAGAGAGGAUGAUGCAGAUUGGGCAAGUGUAGAAAAGCACUACUUGAGUCACUCCAGUCAUACACACCAAGCAUUCAGUUUGAAAACAGAAAGCAAUUGUAUGUACAUAGAAGAAGAGCUAUGAAAGCAUUUUUUUCUGGUGAAAUUACUUUUAUCCACCUUCUGCAGGUAGAAGAAAAAUUAAACUCUUUCUAAAAAAAAGAACAUUUUUAUGAACUUUCCUAUUGCUUGGAAGAACCUUUAAAACAGUUUGACUUGAAAAAGCUAUUAAGCUGCAAGAACUGAUAUGCACUUUUCUAUGAACCUCUUUGGACCAAAGCGUCUCAUGACGUUUAUUCAUGUUUUGAGUGUUGUUGAAUAUUAAACCACAGUUGUUAGGCUUUACAAAUAAAAGUGUUAUUAAAACUCACAACCUUUCAACUAAGUGCAACAUCACCAAUGAAAUGAGCUGGGCCAGCUUCUGAAGAUACCUCUAAAAGAACAAAUCCAAGUUAACUCCAAUAUUGACCAACAUACCUACCUGUAUCUCUUAGGUGCUGGGUAAAGCAGAAAUCAGAUAUUAACAUUUCAAGUAAAUGUAACUGGACCCACAGGAGACAAGUCAAAAUAAUAUCCAACCACUACUUUUCAUCUCCAAAAUGGGGCAGCCAUAAAAUUAUUUUCCUUGCAGAUAACAUAAAAAAACACCAUUAACCAUUGAAAGAGAUUGAUAAUACAACUCUAAAUUGCCCUUUUUCAUAGAAAUAAAUACAUAUUAUCAUCUUAUCUCUGGUCAAGUGCCAGUGCAAGCCACAGGAGAGAUAAAACAAUGAGUUCAUUGCUGUUGCUGCAUUAAACAAAAGCUACAAAGCCAGGCAUAAUGCUCUUAGAAGACAAAUGAGGCUGCUAAUCUAAUUUAAACUUCUCAGGCACCAAACCCAGAGGUUUCCCUUGGUCUGGUUUUAGUCAUCUCAAAACGAGCCCAAUAGGCUUUACCUGUAAACUGUACCAUCAUUUUAAAUUCACAUUGCCCAGCUUUUUUCAGUCGUGGCAUCAAAUUGCGUGGUCAGAGCAUCACUGCCCAGGCAGGUGCCACACACCUCUGGAGGACAGAGAAGCUGCUCUAGAAAUGGAAAGAAGGGCAAAAAGAGGCAUCAGUUAAAUUCCUGCUGCCUUCCUCCACCUCACAACCUUCUUUUCCAAUGGCUAGUACCAUUUUCAAGACACAGUGACACCUCCAACCUAUUCCCAAAAGCAGCUAGUUACCUCACCCCAGUGCUUCUGAAGAAACAACAUAUCAAUGGUCUUUUCCAACCACAUCUGAAGCCAAGACAGCAUCAAAACCAAGGUGAUAAAGUACUAUGAUAAAGUAAACAAUAACCUAAUCAGUAUUAUAGCUUCUUACAAACUACCAGAAACUCUGUGGAAAUGCUACUUUGACUUUUGCAACUGAACUCCAAACUCCCAGUACUCAACCUAGCCUUGAGUUCAUAAAUGCAUGAGACUAUUUAUCCAUUAUAUUUCAAGUACUGGUUAACAUCACAGCAGGUUCAUGAAUUCAAAAGCUAAGUACCAGUAAAAAGAUGAAGAACUCUGGCCCAUUUUAUACUAUGAAAUGUCCAAGCAGUGCAGCAAGCAGCACAGGUGUUAAGAAGCACAUGCAUACUUCUAUUACCCAAAGACAUGAACCAGUUAACUCAGCAACCGAGGGAUCAAACUACUGAAGCAUACUACAGGGAAACUCAACUCCUUGUGCACUGUAGGAGCACAAGAAUUUUGGAAGGUUCCUUUAGCCGCACAACUCCCAACAGCACAAGAACUCAUCUUAAAAAUGUUAAGCAGGCCUUCCAUGUACCAAGUCCGCAGCUCAGCACCAUUUCUUUUCCAGGCUUGGAGAUUGCUACUGCACACCCCUGCUGAACUCUGUAGAAUCAUUCCAGUGGAUGCUUUGGGUGAAUUUCUUAGGCACUCAUAGAUGCUUUCCUCAACAUUAUGCUUUAAGCCAUUUGUUGACAACUGUGUUUCUGCACAAUCCUAGUAUUCUUUUGUGAAUCUUUUUUCAAAACUGAAUGCAGUAAAGCGAUAAAGUGGAUUUUACUAUAGAACAGAAAUAGCACAAUCUCCCAACUAGAUGUUACAAUGGCAAGACUACUAAUCCAAGAAAAAAAUCCCCAGAGCAGCAUAUCCCUAGAUGACAGAAACCACUGCUAGUGAAACUCGGCAGUAAGCUCUGCGUUAUCUCCAAGGUCAAGUCCUUGGUUUUCUUAAUUAAGCAAUAUAGCUGCAGUAUCAUGUUUUCAGACUACUACUUCUAUCUCUGUAUUUAGUUUAACUAGUCUUAUAAAUCUGGUUCUACUGAUUCAUUUUGAUCAACUUCAGAUUGUCAUCACAAGUGUGAAUUUCCCUCAAGAAACUGCACACAGAAACCAGUUUUUGCAGUUUGAGGUUCUGAAAUGAUGUGAAAGAACACUUGCCUCCUUUCUGUGAGAACAAUGUUUUUGCUAUUUCUUAAAGCUAUGAUUUAAAACUACCAGUUCAUGGCUUUAUACCCCGAGUCUACACUUUGCCAGUACAACGUUUCCAAACAUCAGACUUUGUUCAGUCCAAUUGUUCUCGAAGAC